UCUGAGGCGGCUGUGGGCGGGUUUCCCGCCGCUGUCUGCACACCCAGGUGCUCUGCCGAGGCUGCUGAGCCGGGAUUAGUACCUGUGCUCUCUCCUGGAGGGUGGAGGACGCUGAGCGAGCUGCCUGUUUCUCACCUCGGGUACCGCGGCCCCUCCGUGGCCGGGCGCGGGGUCAGGAGCCGAGCGGGCGCGGGCAUUGCAGCGCUGGGGAAGUCCUGACAGGAGGGAGAGGUGCGGGGAGCGGCACCCGCGGGUCCUGUGUGCCUUGCAGCAGGGGGGCUUUGAUAAUGCGUUGCCUUUGUGCCUUCAGAUAACUUUGUCUUUGCACUAAAGCUUCUUCGCAGCCCGGCCAGUACUGCUUUACUGCCUUUCCAAGCCUUUAAAGCUUGCUUGGGUUUGUGUUAAUGCCAUGCAUGGCUCUGGCAUAGGUGUAGGAUAAAUCAUUCAGCGCCUCAGACCGCGGUGCUUGAUGCAACAAGAGAUGUGGGGAUCGCAUGAGCGAGGCUGGGCAUCACCCUGCUUCGAGCUCACAUCACUUCCAGGGCACGGCCGUGUGCCAGAGCACCGAGCCCUCCCUAUCUCCGUGUGCCAGAGCGCCGACCUCUUUCCGCCUCCGUGCGGCAGAGCGCCGACCUCUCUCCGCCGCCGUGGUCAGAGCACCGAGCCCUCCCUAUCUCGGUGUGCCCGAGCACCGACCUCUCUCCGCCGCCGUGGUCAGAGCACCGAGCCCUCCCUAUCUCGGUGUGCCCGAGCACCGACCUCUCUCCGCCGCCGUGGUCAGAGCACCGAGCCCUCCCUAUCUCGGUGUGCCCGAGCACCGACCUCUCUCCGCCGCCGUGGUCAGAGCACCGAGCCCUCCCUAUCUCGGUGUGCCCGAGCGCCGACCUCUCUCCGCCGCCGUGGUCAGAGCACCGAGCCCUUCCUAUCUCCGUGUGCCAGAGCGCCAGAGCACCGACCCCUCCUCAUGUCCACGCUGACUGUGGCCAUGGUCAUCAUGAGUCGCCUUAAGUCGGUGCUGAAGAGAGCCAGAAGCGUCUGUUGACUGUCCUGUGUCAUCUUCAAGCGUACGCAGCCAAGAAUCAGUAUGUGCUGCAGGAGUCCUCUGUCUGACUGCUAGAAAGAGUCACUGCAUAAAUCCAGCGGAGUGAAAAAGAAUUGAAGUGGUAAAAUUGAGUUAAAAGGUGAAUGGCUAUUGAGAUGAACUCUAAGUUGGGCAGGAAGCAAUUCUGUGACCAUGAACAUGGUUUCACAGCAAAAUAAAGAGAAUUUAGAAGUUAAAGCAAAGGUUUCUCUGCAGGUGGAAUGCCUUCACUUCCUCAGGUUGCUCAACAAACCAAC